AUGAAUCCAACUUAUCAUUCUUCUACUCAUCGAUGUAAUGCCUCCACACGUACACGUACCCGUACCCAUGUGACACUGGCUUGCACAAAUUGUAGACGACUAAGGAGAAAAUGUUCUGGAAAAUCCACGUGCUUAAACUGUGCUGAUCAAAAUCUUGAAUGUGAAUUUGUUAAGCCUGAAAUCAGACGCGGGAGAAAACCCAAAAGGUCAUUUAAUGCAAAUGAACCUAAGCACGCGUUAGAUGUUGGUGUGGUUUAUACAUCCGUGGAAUCACAACCGCAACCACCGUUUGCAUACCCAUCAAAUUCGACUAUGACUGACAACAAUGAUAUCUUCAUAAUUCCGCAAUAUUCUCAGCCUCAUAAUCAAAAUAUCCAAGGUUAUUUGGAUGUUAAUCUUUCCACUGCUGACGAUCAACAAACUUUGAGUACACCUUUGCAACUUGGAGUUAAUGAAAUUAAUACUAUCAAUAACGAAUAUA